UGACCUGCUGUGUCAGUAAGUUGAAAGUCCUGGCUCGAGCCCGAAUAAAACGACCUUCAGGUGCUUACAGCGGAAUCGGCUCCUUGUGGUUUUUUGGGAAUUCCGUGACCAGGGCACUACAGUUUAUCUAUAUAAUAUUUUAAGUGAUAAAUGUUCAUUAGCUCUGGAUAUCUCCCUUCUGACUAAACUGGAGCUACCAAAGGGACACCUCCGAAAUUAUUUAUCCAUGCAGUUUUAGAUUGGGCAGUUUUCGGAGAGCAGAAGAAAAUACUCAACCUCUGCAGAGCAGUGCUUGAAGGUGCCACCAUCAUGGGGUCUGAGAAGUGGGUUAUGAUUCUGCUGCUACUCUGCUGUGCUGGCUGUGGAUUCUGUGGAAAGGUCCUGGUGUGGCCCUGCGACAUGAGCCAUUGGCUUAAUUUGAAGAUCAUUCUGGAGGAACUCAUAGCGAGGAGCCAUGAGGUGACAGUGAUAAUUCCUUCACAUACUUUCCUCAUUGACUACAGGAAGUCUUCUGCACUGAACUUUGAGGUGUUCCAUGUGCCACAAGGCAAAGAAUUUACAGAUGAUAUAUCUAAAAAAUUUAUGGACCUAGCUGUUAACGUCUUACCAAAUUUACCUUCCUGGCAGUCAGCAAUAAAACUGAAUAAUUUCUUCGCUGGAUAUAAUCAACAAUUUAAGCUUUUGUGUGAGAGUGUUGUCUACAAUCAGACACUCAUGAAGAAGCUCCAGGAAACCAACUAUGACGUAAUGAUCAUAGACCCUGUGGUACCCUGUGGGGAACUGCUGGCUGAGCUGCUUGCAGUUCCUUUUGUGAUCACACUUAAGUCCUCCAUUGGCGGCAAUAUAGAGAAAUACUGUGGGAAGCUCCCAUCUCCACCUUCCUAUGUACCUGUUCACAUGGUGGGACUAACAGACAGAAUGACCUUCUUGGAAAGAGUAAAAAAUACACUGUCUUUUGUGUUCUUUAACUUAUGGAUACAGUAUUACGACUUUCAUUUCUGGAAACAGUUUUAUAGUACAGUUUUGGGAAGACCUACAACAUUAUGUGAGACUCUAGGGAAGGCUGAAAUUUGGCUCAUGCGAACUUACUGGGAUUCUGAAUUUCCUCAUCCUUACUUCCCAAAUUUUCAAUUUGUUGGAGGAUUACACUGCAAACCAGCUAAACCUUUACCUAAGGAAAUGGAAGAGUUUGUCCACAGCUCAGGUGAAGAUGGCAUUCUGGUGUUUUCCCUGGGUUCGUUCAUAUAUAACCUCACAGAUGAAAAGGCCAAUCUCAUUGCUUCAGCCCUCGCCCAGGUUCCACAGAAGGUUUUAUGGAGAUACAGUGGAAAGAAACCAGCCACAUUAGCAGCCAAUACUCGGAUCUAUGAUUGGAUUCCACAGAAUGAUCUUCUUGGUCAUCCCAAAACCAAAGCUUUUAUCACUCAUGGUGGAAUAAAUGGGAUCUAUGAAGCUAUUUACCAUGGAGUCCCAAUGGUGGGAAUUCCUUUGUUUUCUGAUCAGCCUGAUAACAUUGCAAACAUGAAGGCCAAAGGAGCAGCUGUGGAGGUGAACUGGAACACAAUGACAAGUGCAGAUUUGCUCAGAGCUUUAAGAACGAUUACUAAUGAUCCUUCAUAUAAAGAGAAUGCUAUGAGAUUGUCAAGAAUUCAUCAUGACCAACCAAUGAAGCCCCUGGAUCGGGCAGUCUUCUGGAUUGAGUUUGUCAUGCGCCACAAAGGGGCCAAGCACCUGCGGUCAGCUGCCCAUGACCUCACCUGGUUCCAGUACCACUCUCUGGAUGUAAUAGGGUUCCUGUUGGGAUGUGCAGCAAUCGCUAUAUUCUUGGUUGCAAAAUGUUUUUUGUUUUUCUGCCACAAAUUUGGGAAUAUAAGAAUAAAAAAAAAGAGGGAUUAGACCCUCCUAAGUUUAGCAAAGGGCAGAAUGAAGCUAUCCUGUUGACUAUAGUCACAAAGAGUUUAAUGAGAACAUCUUUCUUCCUUCCUAUUUUCAAAUUUCCCAUGCUUCUUCUUUAGCCUAGUUAUAAAUUCUAGACAUUAGCAGGUCCUUAAUAAUGAGUAUGUCCUAGUCUUUCUUUGUUGUUUCCCUCUUUCACUUUCCUGACACACAGACAUUAAGAGCUCUAAAAUAUUCUAUUCCUGACCUCACUAUCUGCACAUUCUCAUUAUUUUCUUUUAGCCUUAAGUGUUUUUCUGACUCAUAAUAUGGUGAUUUUUUUGGGAGUGCACAAAUGUCAGGUGAAUUCAAAUGAUGUUAGGGAAAUGAAAAAAAAAUUCCAGAUACAAUAGAUCCUACAUUCCUAUAUGUCUGGGAAGAUAUUUAGGAGAUGCCUAAUGAUUUCUUUUUAUCAGUAAAGAGAAACCUUUCCACAUGCACAACAUUAUUGGUAUUAGAAUGUGAACUGGUAAUAUUAGAGAUAAGGCAUUAAAAUAAAACAAUUUACUAUAUUUUCAUAGUUCAUCUGAAUAA